CAGCAACAAGCAACACUUGUUGCUGCUGGUAGGGUGGUAGAUAGAUACUGGUACUGAACUGAUCAUCAUCAUCAUCGUAGUCGUUGUUGUCGCUGCUCGUUCGCUUGCUGGGCCGCUCAGUCAGUAGCAUUCUUGUCGUGGUCGCUGGUGGACGCGAUUACUUCUAAUCGGUUUGUUCGGUGUUUGUGUUCUGUGCGAUUCUGCCUCUAUUUAUUUUCGCGAUUUCUAUGAACUUAUUUUUGCACUGUGAUUUGUUUUUGCGAUCGUUGAUACGGAACGGUUCGUGUUUUAGGAGUGUGUACUCUUAUUUACAAAUCGUGUGGCUGGGUACAUAUUGCUGUCGAUCGUGUUAGAAGUUUGUUAAUUAGCUAAUUUAUGUCGAUUUUAGUAUUGGUUGGAUGUGUGCUCGGAGUUCGAUGGAUGCUUUCAAAAAUUGCUAGUGAUUGACCGAUAUCCAUUCAGCAGUUCAGUGGAAAUCGCAGUAAAUAAACAAUUUCUAAGCAUAGAACGGCUCGAUACUCGACGUUUGUGCAAAUAGCGGAACUGAAAAUAUACCACCGAGAACGAUUCAGCGAUAACAGCUGCAGACCAAUAUUUACUUUCGAAGCAAUUUGCAAUAAACCAAAUGCCAACAAUCGGAAACUGAACUGUGCCAACGCGAUAACAAUAGCGAAUAAUUCACAGCCAAACUCGAAAUCGAAGUUAAGUGAAUCAAUUGAAAUUGUUGACCCUAGCGAAGUGAACCCGUGCGAAAAAAAAGAAGCAAACUUCUGGAAUAGAGUCGUCCAUCGUCUGCAAUUUUAUUGUUCGCAAGUGUGACAUCAACUACAGCAUAAUAGCAUACAGUUGUGAAAAGUUAUUCCUCCCGGAAGAAACGGUUGUUGGUUGGUGUGGUCGGGUAUCGAUUUUGUUUGUGUCUAAACUAGUACAAACAGUGAGUGUCACUACUGACUGGCGGCGGUUGUUGGCACAUACUUGAAAGGUGCAAGCUAUAGUGAAGUGCAAUUGAUGACGACAACAACGGUGAAGACACGUGUACCAACAACGUUCGACCACCAAUAAGUAACUGUAGCUGUAGGGCAACUACCAGGAGAAAAGUGCGAAGCGGAUUAGAACAGGCGGUUCCCACCGAUCGCGUGUCGCGGUCAAAACAUCACCGGAAAGUAAACAAUGCUGCGAUCGUUGUUGUGAUUGGCCGUCUACCUAUUCGGAAGACAAUUACACUUAGAAGCCGCCAUCCAGCCAGAGGGGCUAAAUUCCGCGCCCAAUUAGAUUCGGCGGUGCUGCUAGUGCCAGUGGGCGAGUUGCGUGUCACACAGCAGCAGCAAAUCUCUCUCUGGAUGCGAUGACCGUUCCCCAACCAUCCUCAUCGCUGCUGGCCCAAUCGAACGCGAUGGCAUCGGGGUACAGUGCUAGUGCAACCGUGACACAGUCCGGAACGACUACGGCGACGACGUCGACGACAGUGGUUACGGGUGGUUCGACGACGACGGCAUCCGCGUUCAGUUGUUGUCCAGCGAAUGGUGAAAGCUCUUCGAUUGGGGAAGAUUCGAUAGAGUUGAGUGUCAGCCAGGGGAACAAUAACACCAUGUAUCACAAUGGGUUCUUCGAGAAGGAGGAUUAUCACUUUCCCAAAAGGCCACCCGUUGACAUAGAGUUCAGGGAUAUUCGGUACACCGUGAAGAAGAUUAACUACAGCAAGGCGAAGUUGGAGAGCAAAGAGAUUCUUCACGGCCUGAAUGGAUCGUUCAAUUCCGGAGAGCUGACGGCAAUCAUGGGGCCCUCGGGGGCCGGGAAGAGCACACUUCUCAACAUCCUGGCCGGCUAUGUGUCCUCCGGCGUCAGCGGGCUGGUCCAAGUGAACGGCAAAAAUCGAUCCCACAACUCACAAAGCUUCCGGAAGCUAUCCUGCUACAUCCAGCAGCACGACGCUCUCCGUCCCUGGCUAACGGUCAACGAAGCCAUGAGCUGUGCCACCCACCUAAAACUGGGCUUCAGCAUAAGUCCCGAAGAGAAGAAGAAGCUCAUCGAGAAAAUCCUUUUCAUGCUAGGGUUGGAACAAAAAGGUAACACUCCAACCCACGGCCUGUCCGGUGGCCAGAAGAAACGCCUUGCGAUCGCCCUGGAAAUGAUCAGCAACCCACCGAUUCUGUUCCUGGACGAACCGACCACCGGGCUGGACAGUUCCUCCUGUACGCAGUGUGUUUCCCUGCUCAAACGGUUAGCGCAGGACGGCAGGACGAUAAUCUGCACGGUUCACACGCCAAGCGCGCUGCUGUUCGAAAUGUUCGACAAGCUGUACACCGUUACCCAAGGGCACUGCUUCUACCAGGGCCCGGUCAAAGAACUGCUGCCCUUCUUGUCCAAUCUGGGCUAUAAUUGUCCAAGUUACCACAAUCCGGCCGACUUCAUGAUGGAGAUCGCGGUCGGCGAGUACGGAGCCGAUGUGAGCAAGGUGAUAAAGGCUGCGUUGAAAAAGUACUACGAAAUGAGCAGCGAGUGCAUUAAGCUGGACCCGGUGUUUGACGAUGUGAAAUCAGCCGUAACCAGGUACGACUUUGCCGAUGCCGAUCCAAAGAACGCCGAUACCAGCAAAGUGCAGGAAAUGCUGCAGCUGAAGGACCGAGGAGGCGUAGGCGAUGCAGGCGAUCUGGACCCCCAAGGGAACGAGCUGUGCCCGGAGAUUGUCGAUAACACCAAGCCGGCCUCGUUGAUGAUGCAGUUCCUGCUGUUGCUCUAUCGGAAUCUGCUGAUGCUGCGGCGGAAUUAUUACCUGCUGGGGAUUCGACUGAUCGCACAUGCCUCCGUCGCCACUCUAUUUGGAUACAUCUACCAAGGCGUCGGACCAAAUGCCAAUCAAGUCCUUGCCAACUACGUCUACCUGUACGGCUCCAUGCUGAUGUUGGUCUACACCGGGAAAAUGGCUGUUGUUCUAUCAUUCCAACUUGAAAUGGAAUCACUAACCCGGGAGCAUUUCAACCGAUGGUACAAACUAGGACCCUACUUUCUUUCCAUAUUGAUCAUCGAAGUUCCAGUACAGAUCGCCUGCUCGCUGAUCUACGUGGUGAUAAGCUACCAUCUGACCGGCAACUACUACACCUUCGACCGGUUCGUGCUGUUUGCGCUGUUUUGCGUUGCGGGAUCCAUUUCGGCGCAGGCCUGGGGCUUCUUCAUCGGGGCGUCGCUCUCGAUUAAGCUGGCCGUCUUCAUCGGUCCCAUCCUGGCCGUGCUGUUCUCCGUGUUUGGCUUCUGCACUCGGUACGUGGACAUCACGCCGCUGUUCCAGUGGAUGUGGCACAUAAGUUAUUACCGGGCCAGCUUCCACGGCAUCCUGAACUCGGUCUACGGAAUGGACCGCGAUGACCUAUUCUGUCCGGAAACGCAAAUCUACUGUCACUUCAAGAACCCGGUCCUGUUCCAGAAGGACAUGGACAUUGAGCACGUGGAUAUGGAGAAGAACUUCGUUCUGAUUGUGUCGAUUGUGAUAACGAUGUACAUCGGAACGCUGUUCGUGCUGUGGUACAAGCUAAAUAAGCGAUAGUGUUAGGCUAUGUUCUAUAGGUUAAGCUCAGCUACCGUUCGGGUAGUAUGUAUGAAUGUAAAUAGGUAGUACGAAAAGCUCGUCUGGCACGAUGAUGAUAACGGACCGUAAGGGGUCACUUACCAAUCUAGCAUGUUAUCAAACCGCGAUAGACCUUUCGGUGAUUCCCUUUCUCAGCUGUCUAAGGAUCUUGCCAUUUUGGUCGCCCGGGCGACCGUUGAACCCAUUCCCAGUUAGGCCAGCAAGAGUCUCUUCUUUUCAUUUUUUCAUCCACCUUCACUAAAUUCGGAACAAGAAAACGCACCAGCGAGCCAAUUCAAAUUGGAACAAAGUGUUAAGCAAUCGUCUGUGAUUACGUGAUAGCCCCUUUUUUAUCCUUACGUUUAUGAAAAAGUAACCGUGUAUUACACCUUAUGAUUAGCUACUUAUACCAAACCAAAAUCUCAAGUGAAAGAACAAAAAAAAAAAAGAUCGCACCUAGGUUCAAAACCGUAAUCUCUUUUUUACACCGUACUCUGGAGUCAAGCGUUAUUUAUUUGACCAAACAAUCGAAUAUUGGUAUUGUAUGUAGGUACGUCGCGUCUUGCAAUGGAAAAUAAAAACUUUGCGAUAAGAAAACUGA